AUGGUUAAGGAAGUUUUGAAUCAAAGUUUAUUCUUCAUCAGAAGAAGAGGCUAUUACACAACUUGGACGCCGGUUUGCUUGUUGCUAAUUGUUGCGACCAAUAUUGAAUUUAAAAACCCGGUCCAUACGGGGAAAUAUAGACCAAGGUCCUUGCGAGAGACAGAGGUUGCAAAGUUCAGAGGUUGUCAAGAUCGGUCAAGAGCCCAGAACUCGCAAUCUUGGUCUGUACUUUCAACCUCGGGCAUUGUAUUUUACAGUAGAAAAUCAAAACUGGUCUUCGGUGAAGUCCUUCUUCACAAAAGUUUACACAAAAUGUCUUGUUAUACAGGAACACAAUUGAAAUCACCACAUCUACCUGCAAAUUAUAUAAUGUCGAAUAAGAUAGAAGACUGGUUAAACAUACAGGAGAAGUUUCAAAGAAUAAAACAAUUAAAAGGGAAGUUCUCUGUAUUGCCACCUGUUGGGAGCAAUGAUUUUUACUCCUUGUACAAUUUUAAAUCAAAUCAUUCCAUCUUGAUUUCGAAAGUGGAAGGUUCAUUCAUUUUGAGAACAAACAAGUCAAGAACAAACUAUAACAGUGACAUUUUGAAAACAGGAGUAUACAGUUUAUCAAUCAUCAUGCAGAAAAUAAUUUUUGGCUUAAUCACAUUCCUCCUUGCUCUUCACUCAGGUUUUGCUCUCAAGUGCUACAAACAUCAGCUUUCAGAUGGCAAUGCAACCGCUUCAUCCUCGACAUGUAGUGUUGGUGGGGACCGUUGCUUUUACGGAACAGUAACUGCAACCAAAGAUGGCGUCAAAAAAGAUCACAUUCAUCAGGAAUGUGUCUCGUCAUAUUUAUGUGGAACCAGGUGUUCUUUACUCAAACUUACUUUUGCUGCUUCCAGUUACACAGUGGAUACUUGUUCGGGUGGGUGCUGUGAAGGUGAUGACUGCAACUCGGGUCCAAUAAAAAGCAAUGCCGGCGGUGUAACAACAGCGACGUUGGUUGUUAUUGGUUUCACUUCAAUGAUGGCAGCACUCUACGCUGUGGCAAUUUAAAUUAAGAAGGAGUUGAACAAUCGAAGCAUAGCUUAAAAAAAAGCAACAAUUUUUUGGGAAUAUUUAAUUUAUAGAAUUUACAUAACGUCAUUUUAGAAUUUAAUCAGGAAUAUGAAUCGAUGUUUUUAGUGUUUUAUUUUGAGUGCAUUUAAAAUUUUUUGUUCUUAAUUGUCGUCAGUUUUAUUUAUUAUUAUUAU